CAAUUUCUAAUUAUUAUUUUUUUUAGAAAAGGGAUUUACUUCAACUGGAGCUGAAGGUUCCAACUGGAGCUGACGCACGAAGAAACCCCAAUUCAGCUGAAAGAUCGGUUUUUUCUUCAAUUAUUUCAAUACUUUGUGUUUGUCCCCAAUUGAAUUAUUGUUUUAUCCAUUCGGAUAUGGACCAAACCGUAGGCGGCGGCAAUGGCGGCGGCGGCGGCGGUGCUUCCUCUGACGUGGUUGCUGAUUUGGAUGGUUUCAAGCGCAACGUUGAUGAAAUUGUUGCCAAUGUUGAUAAGCUUGAAAAGCAAUUGAUUGAGGUUGAACAGUUCUACCAAUCCAAUAGUAACAAUAGCAUUCAAGGUAAUAAUUCUAAAGGUGGCCCAGUUGUAAAAGAGAAGGUUCGAGAGAAGCAUCUUAUUGCAACUAAGAAGCCAUUGCUGCUAGAUGCUGCACGAACUGAAACUGCUGCUACAAAGAGAAUGCAAGAACUCAUGCGCCAGUUUGCAACAAUAUUGCGGCAGAUCACUCAGCAUAAAUGGGCCUGGCCCUUUAUGGAACCUGUAGAUGUAGAAGGUCUUGGGCUUCAUGACUACUACGAGGUUAUUGAAAAGCCAAUGGAUUUUAGUACAAUAAAAAGUAAAAUGGAAGCCAAGGAUGGCACUGGAUAUAAGAAUGUCCGGGAGAUAUAUGCUGACGUAAGGUUGAUAUUUAAGAAUGCAAUGAAAUACAACAAUGAAAAACAUGAUGUCCAUGUUAUGGCAAAGACCUUGUUGGAAAAAUUUGAGGAGAAAUGGCUGCAACUUUUGCCUAAAGUUGCUGAAGAGGAAGCUAGAUCAUUGGAGGAAGAAGCACAGGCCCAACUAGACCUGCAGCUUGCUCAGGAAACUGCUUAUGCCAAUUUGGCUAGGGAUUUAAGCAACGAGCUUGAAGAAGUUGACAUACAUUUGAAGAAUCUCAAAGAGAUGGUGAUUCAGAAGUGCAGGAAACUGUCUACACACGAGAAGAAACUACUUGGGACCGCUCUCACCAAAUUGUCUCCUGAAAACCUAAACAGGGCAUUGGAGAUUGUUGCUGAGAACAACCCUAACUUCCAAUCAAGCGCCGAAGAGGUGGACCUCGACAUUGAUGCUCAGACCGACUUCACCCUAUGGAGACUGAAGAUUUUUGUAAAAGAUGCACUUGAUGUUCAAGGAAAGAGUACUGGGGGAAUAGCUGUUAACCAUAAUGAUUACAUGGAUGACAAGAAAAACAACAAAAGGAGGAGAGAAAUUUGUGACUCUUUGGCCAAGACAAACUCAAAAAGGACUAAGAAAAUCUCUAACUUGUGACUCCAACUUUGUUCAGUAUAUAUAUAUAUAUAUGUAAGGCAAUAGUUUGUUUAUAAUGUGAUUGAGCUCAAGUUGCUCAACACUUUUAGGGUUUUUGGAUGAUGCAUUGGAACUAUUCUGUAACACCUUUUAUUACCCCUAAAAUUGUAAUGCUUGUUCUUGUUCAUUCCCUCAUUGGUAGCUAAAACCAAACAGGCACUUUGUCUGCACAAUAUGAUAAGAUGAAGUACUGUUUCUUGUUAGAAAUAUAA